AUGGGGACCAGAGGGCUCUUCUUUGUGCGUUGCCGCGGCAGGUAUUUCGCCUACUACAACCAUUUCGACAGCUACCCAGAUGGUCUCGGGAGUGCUAUUAUCCAGCAAAUUCCGGAGAAUCGCGACGAGUAUCGUGAAUGGCUUCAGGCUAUGAGAGUGAGGUACUCUAAACUCGCAACGCACUAUGAAGGGCAGUGUCUCCCGGUUUCAGUAAAGGCUGAUCAGUCUGAUCCGACCGGCUCGCUUCCUGAACGGUAUAUUAAGAGCUUCCUGUCUGUCGAUGACCGGCUUGAACACUCCCCCUUACAGAUCGUGAUGCCGGACGCGGAAAUCUGGUUCAUCGAAUGGACUUACACUCUUGACCUUGAUCGCGAGGUUUUUACGGUUGACAAUGUGCUGCAUUUUAAGCUCACAAAGAUACCUCGUUAUGAUCGUUGGAUCUAUUACAUCGACAAAGACGGGUAUGAACGCAGGGCUUUUAAACCCUUCACCCCCGAGGAGAUAAUCGGCGACGUCACUUGCACCCCACACUUCAGCCAAGCUUCAAAGAAUAGGUACAAAUGCCUUGGGCCUGAGGUUAUGCCUCCGAGGUCUCUUGUCUCUGACUCGGAAGAAGUGGUUAUUCAUCGGGAAGCCCUCUUUUGGGUCGUUUUCUCCCUCACACACCAGCGAUACUCCCCACUGCUCGAUCAGUUCUAUCUAGAAUGGGGUUCGGGUAGUUUUGCCUUCAGAGAGCUUGCGUUUGCAUUCCUGUCCAUCACAGCCGGUGAAAUGAGUUUUGAGUCUCCCCGAUCUCUCAAUGGAAACUAUAGUGGAGAGGGCUACUUUCUCAUCCCUGAAGACAGACUUCGAAUCGGUCAGCAGAGCCUUCUGCCUCGAUUUUUACAUGAGAGCCAUGCUGCUGGAUUCGAGCCCGGGUCAGCUCCUCGAGAAACAACCUACUGGAUGAACAAUGUCCUCAUUCAUCUUGUUACCAGGACUGAUUUGGUUGAUGUCGAGGAAGCGGCGGUUGCUGAAGUCGUCGAUUUCGGCCUCAAUGCGGGAGUGAAUAGGUUCUAUGCCAUGGUUUUUUCGAUACUGGACGUUGUUCUUAUCCGCGUGCAGACCAACCAGGACGGAACUGUGCAUGUCCGGAGGUCGCCUCUGAUGGCCUUGGUACAUUUCAAUGACAACAAUUCGAGAUUUGUCAACGGUCCUCGCUCGAGACAGUCUGUUUUGCCUCAGAAGACUACCACAUGCCCUGGCUUUGAUGUCCCUCCUCCCACCGGGAAAGAGAUCGCGGAAGAUGGAAACUCAAGCCACCCUGCGGAGUCUAAUGACGUUGAAAAUGAGGGUGAGAAAGAAGGUCCUGCCACUAUUGUCAAGGAGUCAUAUGAAGACGAGGAUUUUACGUUCAGCAUGAUGUUGCGAUUCUUUGAUGCAGCCUCCGAGGAGCAUCUAGCUGGUGAGAAGUCGCGUAUUUUCCCCAACGAGAUUAUGGCCACCGUCCUGGAAUUCUCGGACAUGCGGACGCAUGAAAUGCUACGAAGAACGUCCGCUUGUUGCCAGCAACUUGGUAACCGCAGGAUACGACUGAGUGACAACUACGCUGUCGUUGGAGCGGAUAGAAGACAGGCACCUGAGCAGUUUUUCGUGGAGGAUUUACGCACCGGAGAAAGGAUUAAAUCGACAGUGAGCUAUAGCGCCAGAUCCUACCAUUAUCUCCAGAAUGAAGAUAAGUCUAUCGAGUUGAAUCCGGUCAUCGGUAUCGCAGAUCCCAGCAGUACCCGGGUGUCUAUCAUCGAUAGGGUCAGCUUCUACUUAUCAGACCUAUAUCCAUCGGAUCCAAAAUACACGGGAAAGACAGAGUUACCAUGGUAUGAAAAGUACAGAUAUACCGGCGGAUUUGCCGAUUCUGAAGCCGACAACAAACUCCUCGAUAUGCCAACAUACUUGUAUCCCGGGUCUUUCGAGAACGCCUGGGGUCGAUUCAUCACCGCGGUGAUUCGAAGUGGCGAUAACUCGGCCUACCGGUUCGUGAUGCUCAAUAAUGCAAAAUGGAUGUGUCUCCUUCCGCCGCGCUAUCGGCAGCUGAGAAUGGACCAUUUGUUUUGUAAUGGACUACAAGCCUUCGUGCGUCACCCCGAUGACGAAUCUCCCGUGGAAUGGCAACAAACUAUCAACUACGCCAUCGCUCAGCUUGGCCUCACGGACCGCGUGCGCCCUCGGGAGCAAAAUGUCAAGGGUCGUCCGGUCUUAGUGGGCUUCGGAACCAAGGCGAGGCUUUACUACUAUGUCUACCGUCGCAACGAGACCCCGGCCGUUCCAGCAAACGCGAGUUCAUAUAGCGUUCGGAUUGCGGACUCCUGCACCAAGUUGGACGGAAGACAUCGCCUGGUUGAGCUCUACCCCGGAGGCAACCCGCUCAAUAUCCAGAACCCUGAGGAUCGAGCGAAGUUGGAGGAUUGGCUGUUAACAUUUCGCGGCAAUGAUGAUUUCGGCACGGAAUGGGAUCCGAUAGCCGAGUCUCGCCAGCGUAUUGAGUGUGGUGAAUCCAAGACAACAGCUAACCAGAAGGCACAAGAAGUCCAGGGCGAGGACGCCAGUGACUAA